AAACCCUUCUGAGAUGGUGGAGGGCAUGUGGCUGGGUGUGACAGUGGCCAGUCAGAGGAACCAUCUGUCCGGACGUGUGCUGGCCUGUGGCCAUCGGUACGUGAAGGUCCUCCGAGGCGGCACAGAGGAGCAGCAGCGGAUGAUAGGGAAGUGCUACGUGAGGAGCAAUGACCUGACCUUUGACCCAAACGAUGACUGGCAGGAUGACAAUUACGAGGUCUGCAACCCCAACUUAGACAUGGAGUUCGAAGGGAUGUGCAACAUGGGCAUCUCCGCUGGCAUGACAGACACAGACGUCUACAUUGGUGCCACUGGCAGCUUCCUGUGGCAAGGAAAUGUUCAUGUGAAAUGGAGAGAUCCGGAUCCAGCGAACUCUUGGGACUCCAGAAGUACAGAAUUUGAACAGCUGAAUAGACGAAACAGUUAUAUGGGUUAUUCAGUUCUCGAAGAGAAGAAGCUGUUCAGCCAUGACUUCACUGUAGUGACAGGGUCUCCCAGGGAUGAAUCCAAGGGCUCCGUGGUGCUGGGGACAAAGAUGGACAAACUGAUUAAGCCGGUGCUCAUCAUCCCCGGGGAACAAGUGGGCUCUUACUUUGGAAGCAGCCUGGCUGUCACCGACCUCAACAAUGAUGACUGGAAUGAUCUGAUCGUGGGCGCCCCAUUUUACUUUGACCGUAUGAAUGAUCAUGGUGGAGCAGUGUAUAUCUUCAUGAACGAGAACGGGUCAUUCCAAAAGAAGGCCACAGUCGUGCUGAAGGGUCCAUCGGGGUCUGGGUUUGGCUUUGCAGUUGCUGCCAUUGGUGAUGUCAACCAAGAUGGAUUCCAAGACUUUGCAGUCGGAGCUCCAUUCCACGACACAGGGAAGGUCUACAUAUGGAUGGGAAGUAAAAAGGGAAUCUCAGAGAAGCACAGUCAGGUGAUUGAAGGUAAGACAUUAGGUAAUGGAUUCCAGACCUUUGGCUACUCCAUCAACGGAGGGAUGGACAUGGAUGAGAACAGUUACCCUGACAUCUUAGUUGGCUCUCUGGAUGACCGCAUUGCCCUGCUCAGAGCUCGACCAGUCAUCCACUUAACUAACAACUUCACUGUUGAGCCGAAGAUCGUGGACCCUAAGGAGUGUCCUGACAAUACACCAUGCAUUAAAGUGACACUGUGCAUGGCUUUCACUCUGAGCAAUGGCAACAAAGACUUCAGGAAAGAUGUUGUGGUGAAAUACACAGUAGAGGCGGACAUGGAGAGGAGAAGAAGCCCCCGAGUUUAUUUCCAGAAAAAUAAGAGGGACACCCUUGUAAGCUCACAAAGCCUGUCCUCCUCCAAGUCCACGUGUAAAACUCUAAACCUGGGAGUAGUGGCGCCUGUGAGGGACAAACUGGAGCCAGUAGUCUUUUCCCUCAACAUGUCUUUAAAUGAGCCAAGCCCUAAAUCCAGACGCUCCCUGCAGAACCUGGACUUCUUCCCAGUCCUGAGCCAGGAGCAGAAAGUCACACAAAGAACUGAGAUUAACUUUCAGAAGGAGUGUGGCUCAGACAACAGAUGCAGCAGUAACCUGCAGAUGGAGUGUCAGUUUGUUGACGAAAAAGAAAUCCCUUACCCCAGGAAGGACAGAUUCCAGGUACUACAGUUCAGCAGCAAUAUGAAGUUAAUACAUCUGAUGGUGGAGGUGACUAACUUCCCUUCCGGGGGGAAGCUUGGUGAGGACGCCCAUCAGGCCAUGCUCAACAUCACCAUCCCAGAGGCAUUGAGUUACUCUGGCGUCAGAUCACUGGACCAUGAUGUACAAUGCAGAUUGGAAAGCACAGUCAUUUGUGAGCUGGGGAAUCCACUUAAAGGCAAUGAGAAGGUGAAACUCGUCCUCAAGUUUGAAACGUCUGGGAUUAAUCUGUACACACAAGAGAUUGAGUCUCAGCUGCUUCUGUCCACUCUCAGUGAACAGAGUGACCUGAAGCCUGUGCCUGUGGCCCUGCUGAUUGAAAACACCAUCCUCCCAUCUUUCUCCACAGUGAACGCCUUGGUGCAAACAAAAUUCGGUGGGACAGUGAUGGGCGAGAUGGCCAUGGUCAACACCAGUGACGUGGGCAGUCUGGUGGAGUUCACCUUCAAUGUGGACAUGAGGGGGCAGCCUCUGAGAGACCUGGGGAUGCUGGCUGUUGAGUUUGUUUGGCCCUUUGAGGUAUCCAACGGCAAGUGGCUGCUGUACCUGACGAAGAUCGUCGUCAUGGGGGAAUCGGAGACGGAAUGUAAACCUGAUAAAGCUGUCAUCAACGUGCUUAACCUCACUUUGUCAGGGAGGGGACCAAAGCGCACCAAACGGCAGAUCGUGGAUGACGUUCAUGAGGUGACCCAGCCACAAAUCAUCGAGCCACAGGCUGCAAUCUCAGUCAGCACUCAUCGAAAAGAGACCCACCUAUUGGAAUGCUCCAAGGGGACGGCAAGAUGCGUGAAGUUUACCUGCCCACUACUCAACAUGACAGACUCAGCAAAGAUUUAUGUGCGGUCACGUUUGUGGAACAGCACAAUGCUAGAGGACUAUUCCAACGCUCUGAGGGUUACAGUCAAAGGGGAAGCCACAUUGAAGCUCAUUACAGAUAAACCAACCAUCAAGAUGGAAAAUCAGACCACCAUGUUCACAGUCGAAAUAGAGCCAGAGGAAGGAGGGGAAAUACCCUACGAGCUCCCGCUGUGGAUCAUCAUCUUGGCAGCAGUCGCAGGAAUUCUACUGUUAGGAAUCAUAAUUCUUAUUCUGUGGAAGUGUGGCUUCUUCCAGAGGGCCAGCACAAGGGAGAUGUAUGAGGCCAAGUCCCAGACGGCUGAGAUGAAGAUCCAGCCAUCUGAGACAGAGAAGUUGACUGAGGACUACUGAGGCCCCCGUGGGGCCCCAAACAGAACACACCAGUGGGGCUUUUGGCUCGGAUUCUUUAAGCGGGCGCUCUACUACCGGAUGAUGCCAAAGCACCAGGGGGUGAAAAUUCGCAAGGCUGAGCGCUAUCAGUUCAAUCUAGGAUUUCAGCCCGAGGAGCCACAGAAAAAGUAUUGGAUCACCAACUGGACAGAAAUGCGUUACUACUACUGAGACCUUAACUCUGGACCCUGAACCAGUCCUUGUCACACAGGCUCGGGCCAAACAAAGCGUACUGGGCUCCGUCGAGCCACAUGGACUUUGCAGUGCAUGGACCAUGGACACAGCCCUGAAACCUUUUUUUAAUUUUCAUUAGAAUUCAUUGACUCUAUCAGUGCAAUAUACUGAACAUUUUUGUUUUAAGAGAUUGUAAUUUCUUCAAAGUAUUUUUUGAAGAACGUUGGAGUUGGGGUUGCAUUCAGGAGUAAAAAUUGUUUUGAUUCACGUUGCAGGAGUAUAUACUGAACUCUGUGUCUGCAUGAAUACUUUCACUUUUUGAGCAAACUCACUUGACAUUCCUCAUGUUAAUCCUGCAACACAUCUGUUUUUUGAUUUUCUCUGUGAUUGCUCAAGUCCUUCUCAGUUGCCCGGCAUUGCAGAUUUAAAACCUUAAUCGGUAAUUUUCCAACUGCACUUAAAAUACGGUUGGACAAGAAUCCACUCUGUUGCGAGUGGACAAAUGACUUUUUGUCCAUGUCUGUGUUUCACAGGCAUCACCAGCAUUUCAAAUGUAGCUGUGGUUGAACUCUCAUUUGCAGAAUGUGACUUUGUAGUUUUCAAAGCUACGUAGAAAUAUUACCUGGCUGAGAGAAUUAAUCCAGAGAGGUACAGAGAAAAGAUGAUACACAGCCGCAAACUAUAACGUUUUAUAGCCCAGCUGGACGUGUUUUAAUCGCCCUCAUUAAAAUCCAUUCCUUUAAAACCUUCCAAGCACCUCAGCAACACCUUGAAAAAAAAUGUUCUUGUUUGUCUGUAGAAUUGUCCAACAUUUGAUGAGAUCAUGGGAUCACAUGAUUUUUAUUUAUUACAUUCUUGUGUUAUUACAGUAAAGAACCUACCUGGAUAUCUUUAAAUAUUUCACAUACAGGGAGUCACAACACUGGAUUAAAGAACACAUGGUACCAUGUCUGUCUGAAGAUAUGAUAGUUUAAGCUUCAGCAAGAAUAGCUGUAUCAUAAAUUGUACAUAGUGACAAGUUAUGUUUGGUUAAGUCUUUGAAUGAAUGCAUAUAUUAUUGGCCUUUGUUAUGUUACUGUCCCCAAGCCUUUUGUACAAGACAGUAAGAUGACACUGUGGCCGACCUGUAGCACUAAGGAUCUACUGGAUCAGGAAAAGACGAGUCACUGAAGUGUCUCUGAAGGGACAGAGUGGUGCAUUACUGCUCUGGUCCGUGCUACCUAAGAGCCAACAGCUCCUUUGUAGUGACUAUGGCCUUUACAGAGGCUCCACUGACUCUGAGUGAAGAGAGAACGGCUAAAUGCACAAACUCUGUAUUUCCUCUGUGGUGGUGUUGUUGUUUUCUAACUGUACAGUUUAAGUGUAAUUAAAUUGUUUUUCAAAA